CCCUACAAGAGUUGCACUCACAAGUAGCAGGGCUGUGUGUCGAACUGGAGGGCCAAAAAUUGUGUAGUAGUUUGUGUUGCGUAGUAUUGAUUAUAUAACGAUUUCUAUCUCAAUCUCGGUACUGGUACAAGGUAUUGCUUAUUAUUGUACUAACAUCUAUCAUUUCCAUUUGUUCCGCACGAAAUUUAUCGUAGCUUGUCAAACUAUUAAUUCUUCAGCUCGAAAUUGGGUAAUAAAAAAACAGCUGUAUGAAGAUGUUGAUGUUACUCCUCCAAAUUGGAUUUUUUUUGGUUUUUACCACGUUCUCUUUUGAUCGCCACUGCCCGUUGUUCGCAACCGCAGUGAGACUUACGUUCACGAGCACUGUACCUCUUUUUCGACCAGCUGAAAUAAAUCAACAUGGGUCUUCAAUUACCCGCGAGUUCAAAGAUCAUGAAGUCGAGGAGAUAACGAAAAGGCUGAAGAAGCUCGGGCUGGAAGACGAAAAGAAAAUUGCAACCACCUCGAGGACUCCAAUGACGGUUACGCCGCAUGACUCGGAGACAAUGUCGCCAGUGACGGAUAUGGAGGUUUCGACGUCGCCUUCGUCAGGCAGUGAGGAACCACUUCUACCUGGAUUUUGUUCGUCUGAAGGCCAGCGAAACUACCAAAAAGUAAAGCCAUUACAACUUAGAGUGGACCUUGUCCAGCCAGGACUCAGCCAACACGCGAUGUUGAAGCAGAGCUGUCCAGGAAGCGCCGCCGGCCAAGGUGCGUUGCAGCAAGGCAGGUGUUCUGGAGGAAGUUGUGUCGACGAUGCGACCAUGAUGAAUGGGGGGCACGUAAAGGUGGAUCGCAAUGUACCAAUUGCUGGUGCAGGUGGUCAACACGGAGGAUUUUUUGGUGUAGCCGUGACUCCUUCCGUGGUCUCCGCAGCACGAUUAGAAUCGACGAGGAGAUCAGCAAACAAGAAUCCAAAAGCAGCACCACCACGACGGGCUUACGCGGGCUCUGGAGGUACAGCACCUCCAACUUCUAGCGCUGGAUCAAAGCGGCGGUCUACUGAGGAUGUUGAUCUUGUUGCGUCGUCGAGAGCACGACGGGGACCGCCACGACUUGGCGCAGACGAUGACCAGGUGGAUGAUGGCCAGCAAGUCGGUUCCCACUCGUCCGUGCCGCCCGUAAAAAGUCCUUUUCCCGGUCCUGCAAUACAGAUUUUGUAAUGCGAAAAUUUGUGAUGCGAAGUUUCCAAAUGAAAACUUUUUGUCAUGCAUGAAAGGAGUACGAAUCUUUCUGAUGCAGAGUCUAGGCAUAUAUAGAAUCGCUUGCAUGACAAGAGCCGCUCUUCCUGGGGGCUUUUGCAAUACAAACCUUUGCUAUUCACGAUUGAAAACCUGUGAUGCUGAUAGAUGCAAGAGGGCGAAUGUUUCAUUUGGAAAGGUUUGCAAUACAAGUGCUCCCAAGUUCGGGGGUGGGGGCAUUUUUCAUUGCAAUAAGAGCUGUGCGGAGGGUCGUGGCAAGAUUACUUCGCGAGUUACGGGGGCGACGUACUUACUUCAUAUUGUGGUCGACUUUUUCAUUUCCGAUGACAUAAAUUUUGUCAUGUCAACCAAAAAGGCACCGACUGCCCUCAGACCUCCGACGUCAUGUCAACCGGUACAAGUGUAGUUUCUGAAAAGCGAGCCCUCACCACUUCUAUUUCUUUGAUGCCAUUGUUCCAGAUCAUUUCUGCGAGGUGAACCAUGCAACGUUUAUUUGUUGAUGUACACUCAGGUCGCCAUUCCCGGGUCGCCCGCGAAUGCGGUGUUUGCACAAAACCAGAAGCUUGCCCAGGUGCGGAAGGCCCGGUUUGAUUUUCGGGGCAAACGCGUCAGCAUGAUCAACAACGCGUUGCUAGGCGGUACUGGUAGUAUCGGAACAAACCUCCACUCCGGUAGCUCAGACAACAGCGCAUCUGCAAGCAGGUCGACUGACAAUGCGCCGGUGUCCAAGCAGAAUGGGCUAGCGCGGCAGAGUUUGGUAACCAAUGCGUUGGUGAAUUUCAACCGGGGCGGCAGGGGAGGCGGCCCAGGGGGCCAUAAUUCUGGGUACAGCGAGGAGGAUUGGACGCAGGCAGGCAGUAGAACCGGCGCGUCGGGACAAGAUCAGGAUUUGAACAGCAUGCUGCGGCUGCACAACAUGCUGAAAAAACAGGAGGAAGAGAUGGAAGAGGAGCGGAAUUAUUUCCUAAAACAGCUGAAGGUCGAAACCGCCAGCUUGCAGGACUUGAAAACGCUCUUGAAAAAGUACUACACAACAACUACGAGAAGUACUUCUUCUACUACUAGCACAACGGCAGGAUCAGGCUCUACUUCGCUGGGAAAGAAUUAUGGUGCGAAUCAUCCUGGACCCGGUCCUCAACAAUUCGGUGCCUCGCCGAACAAAGCGAAUACCGGUACAGCUGCUUCUUUUCAUCCAUUAUCAAAUGCAAAAGUGUCUGGGUCUGGAAAGGUUGAACCUGUAUUGCGUGUCCAGCAUUCCUGGAAAUUCUGUAUUGCAUAAAAGCAUCAAAAGCGCCACAGUUUCGUCAUGAAAAGUCGCAGUUUGUAAUUCGCGCUAAGCAUCAGAAAGCGCUUGGAAAAUUUGUCAUGCUGCACUGCACUUAAAGGCACAUUAAAUCAUGACCAUUCAGCAUUACAGGUUUCCAGCCCCAGGCAUAUUUGCAUUCCAUAUCCAUCCGGAGGGAGCAAUGGCGCCAAUAGUUGUACUUCUUCCUCUGCAAAAACGUCGGGGGCAGGGGCGGGCGGGGGUCCUGCGUCUUUUGGGCGGCGCAUCACACUGCGAACGGUAGCAGAAUUGCUGGUGAUGUUUGGCGUUUUAUGCAACAGAAAAACUACCCGACGCCGACCAUCUUGUUCACGCAUAGUGCACAGAAAUAAUUUAAUUUUAAGCAGGGAAUAUAUCACAUAAGGCAAGUCGGUUCCCACUCGUCCGUGCCGCCCGUAAAAAGUCCAGCUCCAGCCCGGCCGAGGACAUCAGCUGCACUAUGGACGAGCAAGGGAUCGACAAUGAUCGAAGCGGAACGGGUGAAAACGAACUGGAUCCGUUUUUGGAAAACACCAACGCUGUUUUGUACAGGAUUGCGACGGACCUGGACAUAGAUUUGAGCUUCGAACUAAACCUUGAUAGGUACUACUAGGUUCUACUGCUAAA